CUUCCUACCAUUUCUCCUGCUAUUUACUCUCAUUCAAACCUCAAACAUAUUGAACUUCUCCACAAUCACUCUCACCACCGUUUUGCCUUCUUUUCAGGCGAUUUAUAAUCCUAUUCUUUAAACCCUUCUUCAAUUCCAUUUAUACACAUGUAAAAAUGGAGCCAGAUUUCUUAAACCCUUCUUCUAAAUACAGAGUUAACCGUACCAUCAUCACAAAAGAGCAAUCAGAUAACAAUUUAUCCAAAAUGGUAACCAUUUCCGUCACUGAUCGUGAUGCAACCGACUCUUCAAGCGAUGAAGAUUAUUACACGGGUCACCGGAAAGUUAAAAAAUAUGUAAGUGUGAUUCAACUGGAACCAAAAUGUUGUAGUGAGAAGAAAAAACAGAGUCGCCGGAAAAUUGAACCGGUGGUGGGUGACCGGAAGUUUAGGGGGGUGAGGCGGCGGCAGUGGGGGCGGUGGGCGGCGGAGAUUCGUGAUCCGCGGCGGGGGGUUAGGGUGUGGUUGGGGACGUAUGAUACCGCGGAGGAAGCCGCGUUGGUUUACGAUCGGAGAGCGAUUGAAUUACGCGGGUCGAAAGCUCAGACGAACUUUUUGCAACCGCCUACGGAGACGGUGGCGCCGGUGAUUACUCCGGUGGCGGUUGCGGUGACUGAUCAGUGUCCCGGGAAGGAGUUGCAGGAUCUUGGGAAGGAGUUGUCGUCACCGACCUCUGUUUUACGGUUUGGUAAAACAGAGGACCCUGUUUUUUGUUACGGUAAAACAGAGGACUCUGUUUUAUGUUACGGUAAAACAAAGGACUCUGUUUUUUGUUAUGGUAAAACAGAGGACUCUGUUUUACGGUUCAAUAAAACAGAGGACUCUGUUUUUUGUUGUGGUAAAAAAGAGGAGGUGUGUGAGACCCCGAAACCGACUGAAUCGGAUGAGGCAGUCGUGUUUACGAAUGAUUAUUUUAAUUAUGAGUCGAAUUUCGAUUGUAAUUUGUUUGAUUUUCAGAUACCGUUUGAUCCGGUAAUGUUGGAAGAGACUAAUUUUAGGGAUGAAAUCGGCGUGGAAUCAAGGGAAUUGUUGUCGGAUUUGGAUGAUGUUAUCGAAUCAUCGGUGUGGGAUGUUGAUAGUUUCUUUGAAGAUCCUUUGGGUGCAAAGUGAUUGAACUAAUAUUUAUGAGUAGUUAUUAAGUUAGGAUAUCUGUUCAUGAUUAAUUAACCGUUUUGAUUUAGAUGGUAUUCGUGUAAUUUGAUUUAAUGAUGAAUGGGAAAUAAUGGUUUAAGUUUUAUAGA